GCGGCAGAAGCCGGCCGGUGUCGAGGUUUAGUGCGUGCGGCGCGGCCGUCUGCGUGGCGUUUGAAAUGAUGUUGAAGCGCUGAACGAAGCGGGAUAAGCUGUAGUAGUGACUGAAUAGCUGCCAAAUGCAGCACUGACCUUCCAGAGCGGUUUUUGCUUUCCCUCCAAAGUGCUUCACUUGCUGUCCUUGGCGCAGAGUGAAAGGGGAGAAAUGAACUUGCCUGAGGUCAGAGCAGCUAUUAAGGAAGAGCCUGUAAAAAGCAAAAGGGUAUGACGGCGGCUGAAAGGAAACACAGCCAGUGACUUAGGCUUUCAGUGGCCUGAGCUGCCUCCACCAUCAUGUCAUCCGGUCAGGAAUCUGUUUUUUCUGAGUAUGAGACUGAAACCAGCCAAACGUCGAAGCUGUUAAGAAAAUUUAAAGAGACACCAUUCGUACCCAUUGGAAUGGCUGGCUUUGCUGCGGUGGUGGGCUACGGGCUAUACAAACUAAAGCACAGGGGUGACAUGAAAAUGUCGCUUCACCUGAUUCACAUGCGAGUGGCAGCCCAAGGCUUCGUAGUGGGAGCAAUAACAUGUGGUGUGCUGUAUUCUAUGUUGCAGGAAUAUGUGGUAAAACCCAAGGAGUAGUGGGAAGAUGAUUGAAAACUGUCCUGGUGGUGGCCUGUGUAUUGCAGCUAUAAACCUCACAUCGAGGGGUUCUUGGAGGAAGAAGAAAAAGAAGAAAAAAGAAAAAAAAAGAAAAAAAAAGACUUAGGGCAAUUCUCUAAUACUAUUUUUUUUGUUUGGUUGGUUUUUCUUUUCUAUCUUGAGUAUGGUACCCUUUUUUCAGUCUGUCAGCCCCAAUGAUUACACAUGAGGGUAGUGGAUAUCAGGGACUGAUUCUUUCUGAUUGAGGCUGCCCUGUCCCAGUUCUUAGGGGUUUCAGUAGAGUAUGAUCGCUUUAUCUUCUCCUUGAGUGUUAACUCCUUCAUAAAAUUGGUGACUUCCUUUGCUGCCAUUGCCCAGAAUGACAAAGUCUGAAUUAUUUUCUCCUGAGCUUCAGCCAGGACAUAGAGAAUCCAUGUCUACAAGACAUGCUGUGGAUGUUUUACUGUCAUUUUCUAUCCUGUUUAUUUGUCAGUCCUCCAGCUUUGUAAUUUAGAAGCUUCCAGUAGCAGUAAAUGAGUUAUAAAAUUUCAAAAGAUCUAUAAACAUCUAUUUUUUUUUUUAUUUAAGAUGUGAGAUAAGUAUUUGGUAAGUUGCAGCUAUUUAAAUAUUGUAUUUAUUCAUUGUUAAUGACUCGAGGCACAGACUCCCUAUUUUUAUUAGAUUAUAAAUCUUGAGAUUCUUGGAUUGCUAAAUCUAUUUUCAGUGUUUUUCUGAGUAACAUUUAAAGGUAAUGUCUAAAAUACAUGUUGUGAAAACUAAAUCUUGAUCUGGUGUUUUAAUUUUUUUUAAAUAUAGGUGCUAGCUCUUGAUUUUGCAGUGUGUUUAUCCAUGGAAAUGUUAAAACGCUUAAAUCUGAAAAGUCCCCAUCCUCCUGGGUGAGAUGUAAGACACUUUCUGUAAAUUUCCGGUGUUAAAUUACAUGGGAACCCCUUGUAUUUCAACCGUCAGUCACAAGAAUAAAUGCAAUAAGGUGAAUUUUUAAGAA